AUGUCGGGAGCUGAGGCGGCGAUCGCAGGCAUAGGAUUCCUCUGCAAUGCGAUGCAGAUCGUCACCUUCGGCAGAGACAUUCUCCAAGUUUACAAUCAUGUUCGACAUGAACACUCUCCUGACCCCAGGCUGAAAGCUUAUCUCGAAAGCGCGAAAGCUUGCUUCGAUGAUAUGAACAGCUCAGCUUCCCACGUUCUGCCGUCGACCCGAGACCAACAGCAGAUAAUCGACAUUGGUAAAAAGCUUGAAGAAUCCAUGACCCAGCUGCAAUCCAAAUUCUCCGAGCUUCAUAUCGAUGAUGCAUCGAGACGUGGAUUCCGCGGGAAGAUACAGGUGGGCAAAAAGAGUCUAGCAUCUCUAUGGCAAGGAAAGGAGCUUGAGAGUCUUGAGGUCAACCUCAAAAGAUACGAGAGCCUUCUCCAUGGUGUUGUUCUGCAUCGCAUAUGCAACCAGUCUCAAGCCGCAGAAAUCAGUUCCCAACAGUCGUUUCACCAACUCGACACCAACCUACAGUCGGUCAUUAAACAGCUGGCGGAUGGCCGCACAUGGAUGUCCGAACUCUCAAUCGAGUCACGCGAGACAAGAAAGCGAAUCACCGAGGAACAUGAAACAACACGCGCAGCUAUCAACACAGGUUUUACUACGACGAAUGGCGUCCUUUCGGGUUUCUGUGACUCAGUGUCCCGAGAAUUUCAGGAUAUGGCCCAACGCGACCAGAGUAAAGCCUUGGAAGAAGAGCACAACCAAUUACUCCAGAGCCUCCGAUUCCCUGAGAUGAACAGCCGCAGGAAUCACAUCUCCGAAAACUACCCUGGGACUUUCGAUUGGGUCUUCAAGGGCCCCGGUUACUGCAGUAUAAGCCGUUCACCCAAUUACGAUGAGUCGGAUGAUGAUAGUGUUCAGCAAAGAGAAGAGAAUACUGAUGAUGAGGACAUGGACGACGACGAUGAUGAUGAGGACAUGGACGACGACGAUGAUGAUGAGGACAUGGACGACGACGAUGAUGAUGACGACGACGAGGAUCUGGACGAUACGACAAGAUCAUGGGAUCUUGAUUUCUUUCCUGCCUGGCUAGAGUCAGAUUCCCAACAGUUUUGGAUCGGCGGCAAGCCGGCUUCCGGGAAAAGCUCCCUUAUGAAAUUCCUUGCAACACACCCUCUUACCUUAAAGCAUCUGCAAGCCAAUGAUAGCAGCACACAAAUUCUCACCCACUAUUUCUGGAAGCCAGGGCAGCCGCUGCAGAAGGAUAUCGAAGGCAUGACACGUUCUCUUCUCCAUCAAGUUCUUCACAAGAAUCGUGAUCUUGCCCAGCGGCUGUGGAUAGAACAGCCGAAUGUUCUAGACAAGCGGCAUGGUGGAGAUUGGGAUGUGAAUGAGCUAAGGAAGGCUCUCUGCUGGGCAAUCAGUCAUUCAGGCAACACCUUUUGCAUUUUCCUCGACGGACUAGACGAGGCAAAGGAAUUCGAGGACUUACCGUGGGGUGACCAUCAGAAUACCCAAGUUAUUUACGACUUGCUCAGUCUCUGCAAUAUCAAGCUAUGCGCAUCUAGUAGGGAAGAGGAUCCUUUCUGUCGCUUCUUCGCAGACCAGCCCUGCAUCAAAACUCAUCAGCUUAACAAGAACGAUAUCUAUCAUUUUGCGAAGAACAGGCUCGAAACAUCUGGUCUAAGCUCUGCUGAUCGAUGCCGACUUCUAAGAACAGUUGUCCAGAAAGCAAACGGUGUAUUUCUCUGGGUGGUAUUAGCCGUCAAGAGCCUCAAUCAGGCAAUACGUUCAGGUGGUGCAAAUGAAUUUGAGGAGCGACUCGCACAGACACCAUCAGAUUUACACGACCUCUUGGUCGAUAUGUGGAAUCGCCCCGGAGAUGAUGCCAAGUUGUCAACUUGCAGAACCGAGGCUUCUCGCUUCUUCCAUCUAGCGCUUGUAGCACCCAGAAUGGACAAAAUCGGGCACAGUUGGAGACGUUUCGAAGAACUACCUCUCCACUCGAUGCGCUCAUUGCUCUUAGAUGUGGGAGGGUACGAGAUCGAUUGCGUUUGGUUUGCCGAGGUCUCCUUGAAGUAA